AUGUUGGGCCAGACUACUCUUCUCGCUGCCACUCUUGCCCUCGCUGGCGCCGUUUCGGCGGUUGGAAACGCAGUUGUCAAGAACAACUGCAACUUCGACGUUACCGUCUGGUCCGUUGGCAGUGAAAUUUCUGCUCCCAACACCCUGCGCAAGGGCCAGUCCUACUCUGAGCAGUUCUCUCGCGACCCCAAGACCGGUGGUCGUGCCCUCAAAGUCACUCGGGAGCCUGAUGGUCUCUUCACCGGCAAGCCACAGACCAUCUUCGCUUACAACCUCAACGGGGGCCGCAUCUGGUACGAUCUGAGCGACGUGUUUGGUGACGCAUUCGCCGGACAUAAAUUGGUGGAGGGCAGUGCUGACACAUCCUGCCCUUCCAUUGUCUGGCCCAACGGCACUCCUCCAGCUGGAAGUCAAGUUAAGAACUGCCGUGACUCGGCCGACGUCACCUUGACCCUUUGCUCUAAAUAA